AUGAAAAAUCCCAGCAUUUUGGAGCAAGAAAGUCUGGCAUUGCCUGAUCAUAAAAGGCCACAAGCAUUUUGGGGAUCAGCUUGUCUGUUUGCUGGUUGUAUUUCGUUCUUGGGAUUUUUCUUUGCUGCCAUCCUGUCCAAGCUUCUUCCUCCAUUUGAAAAUAAAUUCAUUGCUGCUGUUCAGCAUGACAGGUGUUCCUUCAAUUUCCAUCUACAACAUGGUUUUGUUCUAUUCAGGCUAUUAUAUUUAUCAAGUUGCAUCAAGCAUGAAUUCCAUAUACCCAUAUAUUCAGUCUUUAAGGAUUCAUGGUCUUUUCUCUAGCCCAAAAGCCUUGCUCUUGGCAUAAAAUACAUUUUUUAGAAAAUAAGCUUUUAAUUUUUUUCCUUACAUGACAUUUGCUUGAUUUGAAAUCUAUUUUAUAAAAACAAAAGAUUAGAUGUAUUCUAGUGAUGUUGAUUCAGAGAUUAUUCAUAUGGCGCUUUGCAUAACAUUUCUGCAGAUUCUUAAUUUAAAUGGGAGGCAUUUGGAGUGCUCGGGAAGCAAUUAAGACAAAAAGUAUUAUCCUUUAUGUAUGAGAAAGACAUACUGUUAACUUAGUCAAAUAGAUCUUAUUCCCACCUAAUUCACGAGACAUGAAUUUUUUGUCAAUCUAUGUGGUGUAGAAUCCAGAUUCUUUUGGCAUUCAUCUUUCCUUCAACAGUUCACAAGGGAAGCUCUGUGCUCAUCCUCCUUUAGCCUCUAUGUUUCUAGUUUUUAUAGUUUAAGGUUUUUCGCACUUUUCAAAGCUGAUAUCAAUUGUGUUAAGUUUGAUCUUCAGAGGAUCUUCACAGGAUUUCUACUUUAGGCUUCAGAGUUUGUAAUUUUGUGGUUUAGGAUUCACGCUCUUUUCAAUGCUUAUGUUGAUUAUAUUAAGAUUGGUCUUCAUACCACUUGGGUUUUAAUCUCUUAGCCUUGGAGUUUAGGGUCUAUUCUAGGGUUUUUUUUGUUUUCUUAAAUGACCUGUGAUUCUAUGAUUGUCUCUCUGAUUCAUCUUGAUUUAAUUCGUUAGGUACUACUGCAUGUUAGUUCCCUUGACCCUUCCUGUGCUGGUCGUUGCGGUGUAUUUCCAUUGGCUUAGCAUGAAGCUCUUCAAGCAUGCAUAA